AUGUUUGCGUCACAAAAAGGUGGAUGGGAUUGGUGGAAGAUUGAACCCAAACACUCUACUACAGUUCUCUUUGGAAACUGGCUGGAGAAGAGGAGCCUGCCACUGCAGCAUUUCUUCACCCAUCACAAGGAACAAAGAAGCCAAACUUUAGUAUUGGAGUGUGACAAUAACUGCAAUAAACAUGGUUAACCUGUGCUGCCUUCCCUCCAGAGCUGAAGUGGAUGCAGGUUGGCCUGGAUUCCUCAGAAGUCAGAUUUCCCCAUUCUCAAACCACCCACCAGCUCUGGGCUUCUCGAGCACCUGAUGAGCACAAGAAAGAAGCUGAGUCCAGAUUGGUGUCUGGACCAAUUCCUGUGA